UCACGAUGAACCACAAGAGCAAGAAGCGCAUCCGCGAGGCCAAGCGGAGUGCGCGGCCCGAGCUCAAGGACUCGCUUGACUGGACGCGACACAAUUACUAUGAGAGCUACCCGCUGAGCCCUGCGGCCGUGCCGGAUAACGUGGAGAGAGCUGAUGCUUUGCAGCUGUCGGUGAAAGAAUUUGUAGAGCGGUAUGAAAGACCUUACAAGCCCGUGGUUCUGCUGAAUGCACAAGAGGGCUGGUCCGCACAGGAGAAAUGGACUCUGGAGCGUCUCAAAAGGAAAUACCGGAACCAGAAGUUCAAAUGCGGUGAGGAUAAUGACGGCUACUCGGUGAAGAUGAAAAUGAAAUAUUACAUCGAGUACAUGGAGAGCACCCGCGAUGACAGUCCCCUUUACAUCUUUGAUAGCAGCUAUGGUGAACACCCCAAAAGAAGGAAACUUUUGGAAGACUAUAAGGUGCCCAAGUUUUUCACAGAUGAUCUUUUCCAAUAUGCGGGGGAGAAGCGCAGACCCCCUUACAGGUGGUUUGUGAUGGGGCCACCACGUUCUGGAACUGGGAUUCACAUUGACCCUCUGGGGACCAGUGCCUGGAAUGCCUUAGUUCAGGGUCACAAGCGGUGGUGCCUGUUCCCAACAAACACACCCCGAGAACUCAUCAAGGUGACCCGAGAAGAAGGAGGAAACCAACAGGAUGAAGCAAUUACCUGGUUUAAUGUCAUUUAUCCCCGGACACAGCUUCCAACCUGGCCACCCGAAUUCAAACCCCUGGAGAUAUUGCAGAAACCAGGAGAAACUGUCUUUGUACCAGGGGGCUGGUGGCACGUCGUCCUCAAUCUUGACACCACCAUUGCCAUCACCCAGAACUUUGCCAGCAGCACCAACUUCCCUGUUGUGUGGCACAAGACGGUAAGAGGGCGGCCAAAGUUAUCCAGGAAGUGGUAUAGAACAGAUACAGCACGGGCAGCGGCAGUGCAAGCCACCCCCAGCCACCCCGUGCCACUGUGUCCCAACCCUGACCUGGAGGGACCAGCUCUCGGGGAUCUUGAAGCAGGAGCACCCUGAGCUGGCAGUGCUUGCCGACGCUGUUGACCUCCAAGAGUCCACAGGCAUCGCCUCUGACAGCUCCAGUGACUCUUCUAGCUCCUCCAGCUCCAGCUCGUCGGACUCAGACUCGGAGGUGAGGCCCUCAGCUGCCCAGGCUCCCUCAGUCAGGCAGUGGGUCUCAGUUUCCUCAUUCGGGACAGGUGCUGUCGUCCCCAUGAUAGCACCAGUUUACAGCGUCUCACACGUGUGAGCUCAGCUCCUGCAGAGGUGCCUGGGUGUGUGAAGGUUUGUGAAAUGGUGGCCUUGUGAUCCCAGGGAGCACAGUGUCAGGAUUUAGACUAUUCUGACCAUCUCAAAGCCCUUGUUACACGUAAGUCUAGAAACAGGAUACCCAGUGAUCUGCUUCAGUUUAACACCAGCUCAAAGUGAGAAGGUCGUCUGCCCUGACAGGAUUGCUGCUGGUGUCACCCUGCUAAUGUGUCUGGCCUAGAAAGGCCCUGUGCUCCAUGUUCGACAAUUCAGAAAAAAAGGGAAAAAGGGAAGACGUUUUGUCCAUGUGGAAUUCUUGUUUUGUGGUUUCAGUUUUGGGGCUUUUUUGAUUAUUUUUUGUUUUUGCUUCUCAAAACAGGGUUUCUCUGUGUAGCCCUGGCUUUCCUGGAACCCAGUCUGUAAAUCAGGCUGGACUCAAAUGCUGGAUUAAAGGCAUGAAAUACCGUGUCUGGCUUUCUUUUUCCUUUUUUUUCUUUUUUUUUUUUUUUUUUUUUUGAGUCAGAGUCUCUCUGGCUGUCUUGGAACUCAUUCUGGAGGCUAAGCUGGCCUUGGAGAAACAGACAUUCACCUGAAUCUGCUUCCCAGGUGCUGGGAUUAAAGGUUUUUUGGUUUUGGUUUGUUUCUGAGAGAGUCUCUCACUCCGGCUGUGGCUAUCCUGGAACUCAUUCUGUAAACCAGGCUGCUCUUGAACCCACAGAGAUCUGCCUGCCACUGCUUCCUGAGUGCCCAGAUAAAAGGCUGCUCCACCAAGAGAAGUGCUCUUGGCUACUGAGCUCUCUCUCCAGCACCUACAGCUUCUGAUGUUCCAUUGGCUUAUGUGUGUGCUUGUCAUCUAGGUAUUUACCGUAGUACACAUGUGGAGGCAGAAAAUGGCUUGAGGGAGUUGGUUCUCCUAUGGAGUGAGCCCCAGGGGUUGAACUGAGGUCAUGAAGCUUAGUGUCAAGCCUUAUCCAUUGAGCUGUCUCCCUGGCCCUGAAUUGUUUUUCCUCCCUGUGUCCAGUGUGAAUCUGGGUCAGAAGGUGAUGGGACAACACAUCGCAGGAAGAAGAGGAGAACUUGCAGCAUGGUGGGAAAUGGGGACACUACCUCACAGGAUGACUGCGUGAGCAAAGAGCGCAGUUCCUCCAGGUGACCACAUGUGGCCGCUGUCUGUGCAAGGCUGUGCUUGCAGCAAGGCUUAGGAGGGCUGACACCCAGAGAACAAGGACACUGAGAUGGGAGUUGGUAGCAUUUGGUACAGUGGCUUUUCUCCAUGGUCAUAUCUUAGGGGCAAAGGUGUGUGGAUGGUGCCAACGAAACCCUUUACCUAUUUAAUAAAGACGAAUACAUUUUA